AUGUUUAUACCUGGGUCAAUUCCUACAAAUACAAAUUUACCAACAACAACAAUGAAUAAUAAUCUUCAUCAACAACAAUUUCUUUUUGAUAAUCUAAAAGAUCAUCGUUCACAUAAAUUAUCGUCAUCAAUGUCACGAAAAACAUCAUCAACACCAAAUUUUUCGCUUGAUCCUGAUUUAUUACGCGAAUUAAAUGCUCGAUAUUUACAUGAUAUAAAUGCAACACGAACAUCUAAUACAAAUAAUUCACCAAUCGAUGGUAAUGGACUUCCAGCAUUUCUUUUACCACCAUUUCUUCGUGCUGAACAUUAUCAUCAACAUACACAUACACAUGAACAUAAUUUAAAUAUUUUAACACCACCUAAUAAUUCAUUAUUAAAUGGAAAUCUUAAUAAUUCGAUCUUAGAUAAAUUAUCGAAAUCAGAAAAUAGUCUUUCACCAUUUUUACGUACAACAGCUGUUAAUAAUUUUUCUCCAGCAUCACUUCUACCACCACCUCCACCUAUAUUUCCACCAUUUAGUUUAAAUAAUAAUACAACAACAACUCCUGUUAAUAAUAAUAAUAAUAAUAAUAACAAUAAUUCAACAAAAGAAAUUUCAUCGCCUCCAGCUAAAAAAUCUCCUAAAUGGUGUGCAGCACAUGUUCGAAUAUCUUGGAUGAUUUAUCAUCAACAACAACGUUCGAAAGAUAAAUUAUCUCCAUCGGAUAAUAAAAAAGAUGAAGAACAACAACAACAACAACAACAAUCAUCAUCAUUAUUAAAUAAUAAGUUACCCGAUCUUAUUUCAAAUACCAAACCUAUUUUACCACCACCACCACCACCAUCAACCAGUGAUUUAUCUCUUCCAUUAACUGCGACAUAUCCAACUGCACAUUUGCCUCCACCACCAUCAUUUAAUUAUCGAUCACCAUUUGAUUUUGCUGGUGUUAAUAAUGGGCCAUUAGGUCGUAUACCCCCAUCACCAAGUAGUGCAUUUGGUGGUCUUGGUUCUUUAUUUCCUCCGCCUCCUCCACCACCUCUACCACCACCACCACCACCAUCUUCAUCGACAAUUGAUCGAAAAUCAGAUAUAAAUGGAUCAGUAGCAGCAGCUGCUGCCCUUGGCCUUGAUUGGUCACGAUUUCAUCGUGGUAUAGGACCAUCAUCAUUAAUUCCACCUUUAACACCAAUACCAUCAACUAAUGAUAAUUUAUCAUUGAAAAAACUCGAUGAAACAAAUAAUAGUAAUCAUGAAAAUAGAAAACGUUCUUCAUCUGUACUUAAUAAUGAUGAUGAUCGUCGUAAUUCUCACCAUCAUUUAAUGCUUCCGCCAUCACAUUUAACAAAUAAUAAUUAUUCAUCAUCAUCAUCUAAUCGUUCUCGUUCACGUUCUCCACAUCCUUCAUUACAUCAUCAUUCAUCAUCAUCUAGUCUUUUAAAUAAAAACUCUUCUUCUUCUUCUUCACCACCAUCAUCAGUACAUUUAUCAUCAUCUUCACGUAAACGUAAUUCUCCAAAUAUGAAACCACACAUAUCAGAUAAUUCGAAAAAUUCUUCUUCACAUAUUCCUCCAUCACUACCACCACCAGGAUUACCUCCAAUACCUCUUCCACCAACAUUUGGUUCUUUUGAUCCUUUAACAUUAUCAAUUAUUGAACGACAACGUUUAUCAGCUGCUUAUGCAUCAUUAUUUGCUGCUGCUGCUGCAUCAUCUCAACCGAAUAAUUAUUUUCCGGGUAAUAUUGAUCCAACAACAUAUCGUAAUAAUGGUUCAUCGAAUAUAUUUCCAAAUGUUGAUUCAUCAGCAAUGACAGCUGCUUUAAUGCAACGUGAACAUUUUCUUAAUUCAUUACGUCAACAACAAGAACAAAUUCUUGAACGUGAACGUGUAGCAGCUGUUAUUUCAUUAAAUAAAUUAUCAAAAUUAUCAUCAACAAAAAUCGAACAAUCAUCACCAAAAAUUAAUCAUGAUGAAAUACCACGAAUAAGUCCAAAACUUGGAACAUCACCUGGUUCACAUUCAUCAACAUCAUCAUCAUCAGAAUCAUCAAAAAAAAUCAAACACGUUAAACGUGAAAAACAAUCACCAUCACCAACAACAAUUCCUUCAACGACUACGAAUACAGAAAUAAUAUUAAAAGAUGAAUUAAAUAAUGAAUCAACACCAUCACUUUCAACUACAACAUAA